ACGGUGGUCACUUUUGACUCCUCUCUAUGCCUCACCAACUCCCCUUCUGCCGUUCUCUUAUAUAUCAACAUCUCUACUCCCAUUUCUUUUACUAUAGCCAUCAAAUUUUUUUUAUCAGUUUCCUCAAUAUGGCUCUCCUCCUUAUAUCAUUAUCAAUCCUCUUCAUCUUCUUGGCGUACAAACUCUAUCACCAUCUACGCUUCAAACUCCCUCCCGGCCCACGACCAUGGCCAAUUGUCGGCAACCUCUAUGACAUAAAGCCUGUUCGGUUCCGUUGCUUCGCAGAAUGGGCUCAGUCUUAUGGUCCGAUCAUUUCAGUUUGGUUCGGUUCCACGUUAAACGUGAUCGUUUCGAAUACAGAAUUGGCGAGAGAAGUGCUAAAGGAAAAUGAUCAACAGUUAGCUGAUAGGCAUAGAAGUAGAUCGGCUGCCAAGUUCAGCAGAGAUGGGAAAGAUCUUAUAUGGGCCGAUUAUGGACCUCACUAUGUGAAGGUUAGGAAAGUUUGUACUCUUGAGCUUUUCACUCCUAAGAGACUCGAGGCUUUGAGACCUAUUAGGGAAGACGAGGUUACGGCCAUGGUUGAAUCUAUUUUCACUGACUGCACCAAUCCUGAAAAUAAUGGAAAGAGUUUGCUAGUGAAGAAGUAUUUAGGAGCAGUUGCAUUCAACAAUAUAACAAGGUUAGCGUUCGGUAAGCGAUUCGUGAACUCAGAGGGCAUAAUGGAUGAGCAAGGCCAAGAAUUUAAGGCAAUUGUGGCCAACGGACUUAAGCUAGGUGCAUCACUUGCCAUGGCAGAGCAUAUUCCAUGGCUUCGCUGGAUGUUCCCAUUAGAAGAGGAGGCAUUUGCUAAGCAUGGAGCUCGAAGGGAUCGCCUCACUCGAGCUAUCAUGGAAGAGCAUACACUUGCUCGUCAGAAGAGUGGAGGUGCUAAGCAACAUUUUGUUGACGCAUUGCUUACAUUGCAGGAGAAAUAUGAUCUCAGCGAAGACACCAUUAUUGGACUUCUUUGGGAUAUGAUUACUGCAGGCAUGGACACCACUGCAAUAACAGUAGAAUGGGCAAUGGCUGAGCUAAUUAAGAACCCAAGGGUGCAACAAAAGGCUCAGGAAGAACUAGACCGUGUGAUUGGGUUUGAAAGAGUGAUGACAGAGGCUGAUUUCUCAGGUCUCCCAUAUCUACAAUGUAUAGCCAAGGAGGGAAUGAGGUUGCACCCACCAACACCACUAAUGCUUCCACACCGUGCCAAUUCCAAUGUCAAAAUUGGUGGCUAUGACAUACCUAAGGGAUCAAAUGUCCAUGUAAAUGUGUGGGCAGUAGCUCGUGAUCCGGCUGUCUGGAAGAACCCAGAGGAGUUCCGGCCAGAGAGGUUCCUGGAGGAGGAUGUUGACAUGAAGGGUCAUGAUUUCCGGCUGCUCCCAUUUGGUGCUGGAAGGAGAGUGUGCCCUGGUGCACAACUCGGUAUCAAUUUGGUAACGUCUAUGUUAGGUCACUUAUUGCACCAUUUUCGUUGGACACCACCUGAGGGUGUGAAGCCAGAGGAAAUUGACAUGUCAGAAAAUCCAGGACUUGUGACCUACAUGAGGACUCCAUUACAAGCAGUUGCAACCCCUCGCCUGCCUUCUGAAUUGUAUAAACGUCUGGCUGUGGAUAUGUAAUUUGUUGGUAAUCUUUUGUUUUAAGAAAAAGUUGGCAAAAUGCCAAAGGAAAUCAAAUAAAGCGUUAUGUUUUAUCAAAGUGGGAAGUUUUUGUUUGGUAUUUAGCGGUCAACAUAGGUAUUGUUUGUAAUAUAAUACUUAUGUUCGACGAGGUCUUGUAGAUUUUCAAAUUUGAACAGAAAACUGAAAUUAUUGAAUUGUUUUUACAAGUCCAGUUCUGUUAGAGCAACUGCAAUCACACCUUGUGGGUUGUGGCUUAUAUGACA